UCUCUCUCUCUCUCUCUCUCUCUCAGCGAUGGAAGACCACAUCAACAGCCUGAGCCAGCUGAAGAUCAAGGGCCUGGUGCUGGGGUCCCUCCACAAGGCCCCCACAGACUCUGAGACCGACCUGAGCCUCGAUGCCGUCGACGGCUCGCUGGGCACCCUGGACAACUUCAAGAGCUUCAUGAGCAAGGCGCAGGGAAAGGGCAUAUCUGUGGUGGUCGACCUCACCCCUAACUACAGAGGCCAGAUGCCCUGGUACAGCGACAAAUUCCUGCAGGACCCCUCCCAGCAGGCCAAGAUCAAGGGGGCGUUUGACUUCUGGCUGGGGCUGGGGGUGAAGGGGAUCCAGGUGUCCGGCCUGGAUCACCUGGUGGACAAGGCGCCCGCGCUGUGGGAGGAGCUGUGGAACAAGACCAAGUGGGAGGGCUCGGAGCCGGCCGACAGGUGAGCGGGCCGCCGACCCUCCCGGGGGGCCCCGGGGUGUCUCGGGUGCAGGGGGGGGACCCCCCUCAGGUCCAGCAGACCCCACUACGCCGCAGCAUCCAGAGUCAGGUGCCUGUCAGAGGGCUCGAUCUCGGCUGCACUGGUGCAUUGCUGCAGACUAUCCGGUGGCGUGAGCUGGUCUGCUCCGGCUCCCAGCCCGCUCUCCUGCCCUCUGGGUUACGGGGUUGGCGAAAUUCAGGAAAAGAGGCGACGCGGGCCUGUGCAUGGAGCUCCGCUGCAGGACUGAAGCGGGAGCCUGUUCCUCACGGCGCCGCCGGCCCGCAGUUCAGUGUUCGUGCCCCUAGAGGGCGGCUCCGCACAGGGAGCGGCGCUCCCCCCCCUGGACGUGCAGUUCGCUCACACGGCGACAAGAGGGCGCUGUGGGCUCCGGCGUCCGGCCACUGAGUUUCCGGCGUAACGGCACUGUCUGCGUGUCCAACACUUAACACGCUGCGUGUGGGCAGUGGACACGUCUCAGGGCUGACAAAAAGAGUAAAAAAAAAUGCUCACGGAAAACGGGAACGGCUGAAGUACAGCGGGAAGAGCAGUCCUGCAGCCCCACUCCAUAGCAGGUCAUGGGAGUCAGGUAGUGCAGGACAGCCGACCAAGAGCCAGAGCACAAACGAGACACCCGGCCCCGGGUGAGAGCAGGCAGGGCAGUGAGUCCUCUUCUGGUCGCAGGUGGAUUCUGAAGCACUU